GGUAACUCCAUCUGUGGAUGGUCAAUCGUUCCUGGAUGCUGCGGAAAUUGAGGUGCAUUGCAUGUACACUAAAAUAUAANCACCCCUUUUUCUCAUUUUUUGGAUGUUGAGUGUAUUCCUCCUCCUCUGUUCCUAUGGCAACUCAUUGCGAGGGAAGCCAACAUAAAGAGGAAAGGAGAGAUGUGGUUCGUUUUCAAAGGAGUUCCUGUCAGGUACUCCUUGAGGGAGUUUUCACUCAUUAGCGGCCUCAACUGCUCUCCCCUUAACGCCGGCUUUGAAAAUUCCAAGGAAUUAACCUCUGCAAAGAAUGAUUUCAUUCGUGCUCACUUUCCUUCAGCAAAGAAGGGAAAGAAAUCUGCUGCAGUCACAUACAAGAUGGUUGUGAAGCGUUUCUUGGAAAUUUGUAAAGGACUGGACAUGGAAAAGAAGAAAGAAGGCCAGGAGAUGGUUUCUGUGAAAAUGGCAGCACUUUUGUUUGUUGUUGUUGUUCUCUUGGGUCCUGCUGAUCGAGACAAGUCUGCAAUUCCAGAUUGGAUUCUGGGCAUGAUUGCACAGUGGACAGCAGUUUUAGGUUUCCCAUGGGGAACCUGGGCAUUUAUGGAGUCCUUGGGGUCACUGAGGAAAGACCUAGCUGCUAAGGCCAAAUCAAUUGGAAGAGGGGCCUCAUCAACCAUGUACUAUACUGGUUUCUUGCUUCCCAUUGGGAUCCUUUUUCUGGAGAGUUGCUUGGGGACUGGAGCAAAUAUUACAACAAGAAGUCCACAGACAUCCCCAGCUAGGCCAAGAAUCUGCCUUUGGGGUGAGAUUCCAAUAAAGAAGAAAAUCACCCACACAGAAAUGGAUGCUUACGUUGAAGACGUGCAGUCUCUAAAGAGCAUUCUUGUUCCCGACAAGUUUGAGGCAACUGCAGAGUGGUAUUUGAACUUCCAGCCUCUAGAGACCACAAAACACCCCGAGUUGGAUGCAUUUGUGGCAAAAUUAGAGUGUAGAGGGGAAGUCCACAUUCUGGUGGAGAGGAAGAGAAAAGCCCGGAAUGUCCCUUCACCAACAAGAGAUAAUUCUGAAGAGCGUAAUGAGCACAUCUCCUCUCCCCAAGAAUCUCAGAGGAGUCAGAGCCUUAGGGAAUCUCCUUCUAGAGUCUCUCAUUCCAACAUCCUAAAUCCAUCGUCUCCUGACCCUCACCCCGCCAAGCCUUCAUCCAAUACCUUUCAAGAACUCUUUGAUCGAAUGUCAAAGAAAAUUGAUAACAUUGCAGAAGAACAAAGAAAGAGACUUGGUAUUCUCCAAAUUGUUGGGGAAAUUAAACAAGAGCACGAGAAUCAACCUUCAACUCUUUCUGAUUCUGUUCUUAGUUUGGAGAACAGAAAGGCUGAGUCUACCCACGAGACAAUGGGAACAGAAGAUGCUACCUCAAUGAAGCCUCUGCAUGAAAUGGUUGAGUCUUGCCAUGAGGUAAUGGAAACAGACGCUGCUGCUGCUUCUAUGAAACCUCUGCAGGCUGAGUCUACCCACGAGACAAUGGGAAUAGAAGAUGCUGCCUCAAUGAAGCCUCUGCAGGAAAGGGUUGAGCCUAGCCAUGAGGUCAUGGAAACAGACGCUGCUACUUCUAUGAAAACUCAGCAGGACAAGGCUGUUUCUCCCCCGAAGGAAUUGGGAGAAGAGGCUGAAAUUACUGAUGGCUUUGUGUAUGGAAAGAGAGUGAAAAAGAAGUCAGCCAGUUUGAAGUCUCCUUAUACAGCGGACGGGAGGAAAAAAAAGAAAGCCGAUGAGCUCUUAUCUAAGCCGCCAACUAAAGCAGAUCUUUUGGAAUUUAAGAGCUUCAUCGUAAAAGCAAUUAAAGAUGACCGCCCUGUACAAUGCUACCUCGCCCAAUACAAGGAGAUUCAGGCUUUUGUGAAAACGUUCUGGACUGACCUUAUCACUCCAGAUUUUUUUGUAGCGGAUACUCAUCUGAGUGAGUACCUUUAUGUCCUGAGAAGACGUUUAUGCAAUGACGAUGGAGACUCAUGCAUUGCGCCUUUUGAAUUCAACAAUUACGUGAACUCUUAUGCGCAUGACCCAGAUUGGCCUGUUUUGUCUGGAUCCCUUGAAAAGAUUGUGGAUGGUACAUACAGCGAGGGGCCGGAAGCAUUUAAAACCAAAGCCUGGAAAAAGAACACUAAGUACGUAUAUUAUUUGAAAGGCACGGGUUCACAUUGGUUCUGUAUCAAGGCUGACUUUGAGAGGUGCCGCCUCGUCGUGCUUGACUCCCUUAGGAGGAUAACUUCAAUUGAGAGGAUGGCUAGUUUGCUGCAGGAUGAUCUUAGAGGGUUUAAAGGCAUUGCUGGAAUUAGAGAAAUCGGCAAGCAUGGAUAUGCCGAUUGGGAAAUCGAAUACUGCACAGUACCCCAACAGAUUGAUUGUGACUGCGGCAUCUUCGCGGUAAAAAUGUCAUUCCUUCUCGCUAUCAUCCACGGGAGGAGAGAUUGGAUAUAUAUACUCGGAUUGGAGGCAGCAUACCAAGCCAUUGUGAUUUCGACCCUUGGUUCAGAAGUUGACUACCCAAUAAGAAUUCCUGAUUAUGAUUCUGAUGCAGAUGAUGUUACAGAUGAUGAUGAUGACGUCUUUGUUUGCAAGUUGGAAGAAUCGCACUUUCGGGAGUCAUCCGAGAAGCUGCCCUUAAGUGACGAAUUUUGCGAAGCAAAUGGCUUUGUAGAGGGAAAAACAGAUGUCACUCUCAUAGGACCCAACAUGCAGCCCGUGGUCUGCACACUCAAGGUUGAUUGUUUUGGUGAUGGGUUCCUGAAGAGAAUGUGGCAUUACUUUGUUGAUUCGAAUGGUUUGCGUAUUGGGGACAAGCUUGUGAUGAGGCCGGUGGGGAACAACACCUUUAUGGUGGGAGUUUACCGUCAUCACAGACGGUAAACAAAAAAUUAAUUGAUUGUUAUUUAAUGAACAUUAUCAUUAUCUGAUCUUUUCCAGGUAUGCGUCCCUGGGGAUUUAAUGUGUUUGUACAACUCUUUUUUCGGUUAAGUUCUUAGGCUUUUUACUUUUUCUUAUUGGAUAAUUCGACCUAUUUGACCUUUGUGACCAUAUUCGACCACUCGCAAUUUUUAGAUUGAGUUGGCGUUUCACGCAAUUUCUACCCAUUCCAAAUAGAUCUUUUCAUUUAUUUUUUUAUUACAAAAAAUUAAAAGGUCUUUCAAAACAAUAAAUUUUUGGAUAUAAG